AAAAUGAUACAAUACCCAUACAAACCACAAAUAAGAACAACAACAGAUGACGAUAGUUUAAUAUCGCUAUCAUCUAUAUUGACAGCACCAGCAUCACAAGUACAUGGUAUGGAAUACUGUAAUGUGUACAAUAAAAGCCGACUGAUCAUAUUUUAGUCCAUGUAUUGUAAUAUUAUCUCAUGCAAAUAUAUGAAAAAUUCAUCAUUUUUCAAAAUCUCAAAAUUUUAAUUCAUUUAAUUUUCUGACUCGUAAUUAAAACUUUUCAACAUAAAAAGUAUUGUUUUAUUCAACUUUUACCGGUCUCUCGAAUGAGAUAUUACUUGAAAAAAUCAGCUUAUCAUUGUUCAGUUAUAGUCAAAAUACUAUAAUUAGUGUAUUUUUUAAUUUUAGGGGCUCUUUUCAGAAGAUAUUUUCUAAUUUAAGAGUAAAAUGUUUUGAAAGGAAAACAUAGUAGGAUAUAACUAUGAAAAGUGUUUGAUUCUAUCCAUCGUUGGAUAGAAUCAAAUACUUUUUAGGAAAGAAUAAUUUGCGUCAUGCUGUUGUGGUUCCUAAUCUUUUUGCGAAACGUUUCUUAAAAAUAAAUUAACAAAUAUGGCUCAUGAUCAAAUGCCUAAAGAUAGAAAUUUAUUGAUAAUUUGCCAAUAAAUAAAACUAAUGCUCAAUAUUCUGUUACGCUUUGCAGUUGUUUGUUUAUUUAGCUGAAGAUGUAGCACCGAUAACAAGUAUUGAAGAACAUCAAUCACAACAUAUUUCACGAUCUGAAUCGAAUCGUUAUGCACGCGAAAAAUUAAUGAAAAAAACAAAACAAACUGGCGAAAAUACAAAAUCAUCAUUAUCAUCUAAUGAAAAAGGAGCCGCAUCAGUAUUUACGCCUGUUCCAUUAUUAAUAACUUCUGGUCUUCGUGGUGGUAAAAUAUUAGGACGUCAUAUUCGUAGGGGUGUUAAUUUAGUUUUAUUUUUCAUUUAUAAUAAUGGAUAA